CGGUCGGAGUUGUCGAUGUAAAACGUGAAAAUGAUCCUAAAAUGGUUAAACAAACCCGAAAGUCUUCCAAGACUUAAACUCAAAAACAGUCUUGCCUUGGCUACUUUUGGCUGGAUACUUUAAGCGUUUAAGGAUUCACAACAAGUCAAGCCAAUAAUAACCUUCCUCGUCGUCUCUUCCGUGUACCAUCAGGGGAAAAUCCGUGUGCAUUUGUCACCCGGCGUAUCUUCAUCUUGUUAUCAUCGAAGCAACAAAUCCAAGGUAGAGAAAGAGAGGCAUGGUAGAUCUCUUCAUAUGGCUUUUUUCUUUUUUCAUCCUCGUUGCCAUCCUCGUUGUCCUCGUAUUUCAGCUCAUAUGCUUGGCUGAUUUAGAGUUCGAUUACAUCAAUCCUUAUGACUCUUCAUCAAGGAUAAACAAAGUGGUGUUGCCGGAAUUUAUCCUCCAAGGAUUUUUAUGUUUGUUCUAUCUACUAACGGGGCAUUGGGUUAUGUCACUGUUAUGUGCUCCAUAUUUAUAUUACAAUGUCAGACUUUACACUCGGAAACAGCACUUGGUAGAUGUUACAGAGAUAUUCAACUUGCUUCAUUGGGAAAAGAAGCAACGAAUUUUUAAACUCGUCUAUGUCGUCAUUCUCAUAUUCUUCGCCGUAUUCUGGAUGAUCUACACUGCAUUAGAAGAUGCCGAUGAUUAACCGAAGAUGAGGAUGGCUUCUCCUUUUCUUUUAUUUAAUCUUGAAACUGUUUGUUGAUCUAACUUGUUGCAUUUG